AUGUCGAUCGUCACCAUCCGCAACGUCGAAUUCCUCAACAACCCCGCGCGCUUUUCGGACCCGUAUCGAUUCCGGGUGACCUUUGAGUGCAUCGCGGAGCUGAAGGACGACCUAGAAUGGAAAUUAAUUUACGUCUCCUCGCCGGGUAACGAGUCGCUUGACCAGGAGCUGGAUGACUGUCUUGUCGGCCCAGUGCCCAUGGGCGUCAAUGCGUUCGAGUUCGAGGGCACCGCCCCCGACCCCGCCAAAAUCCCCGCGGAGGACGUGCUUGGCGUCGCAGCGCUGAUUCUCACGGGGUCGUAUAAGGAGCAGGAGUUCGUCCGGGUCGGGUAUUACCAGAACACGGAAUACGACAACGACGAGAUGCGGGAGGCGGCGCAGAACGGUGAGCUUAAGAAGGUCGUGUGGGAGAGGCUGGUGAGGGAUAUCAGCGCAAAACCAAGGGUAACGCGCUUCCAGAUAAAGUGGGAUGUAGUGCCCGCUGCUGGAGCAGAAAGCCUUGCGGGGGGCAGCUACGUCAGCUGCUGUACCGUCUGCUGA